AUGGGUACCGCCCCUAGAUCCCCCAACCCAGGAGAUAACAAGCAUAAGAAAUCUUCUUCUACUUCUCCCUAUACCACCACCACUACUUUCAUUAAUAAACCUUCCAAUAAAUCCUCCAACACUACCACUGCCAACCCUAAGAUUCCGGUGCGUCAGCCUACACCCACCACUUCUGGUAAUCAAGGCGACAACGACGCCCAUUCGGCAUAUCAGACUCCAGGCCCCGGAUUUAACCAUACCGUCGCGAACAUACCUGGUAUCGGAUUGGUUUACGACGGCGGACACUCCAAUCCCGUACACGGCUUCAACCCAGCCGCUGGUCCCCAACCUCCAGUGCAUCAUCAAACUCCUGGAAUUGCUCCUCCUCAGGUCCUGCCACCUGGUUUUGCCCAGAGCCCCUUUCAGUCUUUCCCUCAAUUUGGUCCUGUAAGCAACAGCCAAAACCCAGUCAUGGCAUACACCACCGGCUCCAUGCCCAACCAGGGCCAGCACUUCCAGCCUCCCGUGCCAGACACCACCUAUGGUCCCAUCCCGCACACUUACCAUCCCCGCUUCGAUAAUAAGCCCGCUCCCGGCCAGUAUGUGAUGAUUGAAGGCCAGCUCUACGUUGUCGCUUCUGGUCCUCCUGGCCCUCCUGGCGGUGCCCAAGUUCAAUACGUGCCCAUGCAACAGCAGCCGCAGUCUGGUGCUGGUGCACCUAUCGUGAUCCAGCAGGGUUCCCAGCAGCCCAUCUUCGUUCAAGGCCAGCCAGGUUUCCCCGCAGCUCCAAUGACCGCCCAGCCCGCCGCAUUUCCUGCUAUGAUGGCUCCGCUCGGUACCCCGGUAGUCAUUGGAGGUCCCCCCGAUGUCAUAGCUCCCGGUUCUGCCCCGGACGUGAUGGGAAUUGGAAAGACUGCAACCGAGAUUCAGAUGGAGCAGUACCACACAGCUCUCAAUACCGGGGCUCUUGAAGGCCAGGACAUCGCCCCUGCCGAUCCUGAUCCGUCCCGCAUGUACUAUUGCCGAGAGCUUGAUGGCGCAUGGACUCUCCGCAACCGUUUCUGUAUCGACAACAUGGGUGACUGUCGUUGGUACGUCAAGCCUGGCGGCAUCUUCUAUGCCGUUCGCUUAGCCGACUGA